AUGACUAAAACUGUUUUUUUAAAGUUGCUUCUGGCUGUAGGGAUCGCAUUUAUUUUAACGUUGCCAGAGUAUUUCAAGACGCCCAAAGGAAUCACAUUGGAGUUAUCAUGUCUGAGAACAUUCUUGCAAUUUAAUAUCACUUCGUUUCCCUUAAAUUUUUCUUUUGUGACCUUUUUGCAAUCAGUAAGGGAAACUCAGAUGAUGAUGCAAAUCUUUCAAAAUCACUCCAACUUUCAAAACUUCACCAGGAUUUGCCAGAACAGUCAAAAUAACUUUAAAAGUUGCCAUUUAUGUCUAGUUUGUGAAUCCAAAGGAAACAGGAAUUUUAUUUCAUUGGAACAAACACCACAAGUUCUUGCCAUGCAAGGAUCAAUUGAAGAGAAGACAAAUGACUGUAUUCAAUCUUGUCAACAUUUGUACUUCACUGUCCUCAUAGUCAACCAUUUGGAAGAAUAUAAUGUAACCCAAAACAUAAAAGUUGACACUCACUCAACAAUUUCUGAGGAAGGUCUAACUGAGGGAAAGUCUAGAAACCAUACUUGUACAAUUAUGAGCUACCCAAGUAAUUGCACACAUAUUUCUUUGCACCUAGAAAAGAAUGUCAAAAAUUUCCUUUGUUCAACAAAGAUCACUUGGUAUAUUUUAAUUCUCUUGGUUUUUAUAUUUUUACUUAUUUUCACUACCUAUAAAGUAUUUAAAGACCUCAGGAGAGCACAAAAGUGGCAUAGUCAUAAGAACAUAUCUACAUCUGCUCUCGUGAAAGAAAGUGAUGAGGAGAAACUGCAAAUGCUGAACGUGUGUCUGGUUGCAGGCACCCCCCAGAGGCUGUCUUUAGCUCAGAUCCCAGAAGUGCUGCCUCAAAUACCAGAACUAGAAAUUACUUCUAUGAUGCACCAACAAGAUCAGGACACAUGCAGAAUAGAUGAAGACUCCUUAGUGAUCAAUCACAUGACCGUCAAAGCAAUAGACAGGACAGACUGGAAUCGAGUCCUCCCUUGCCACUGA